UUUCUCAUCAGUCAUCACACUAUAUAACCCAUGUUCUGCUAUGCAUCCCUGUGUCCAAAAAUUCUAAGAGAUGAAGCUCUUCAUUCCCUUGUGUUCCUACAUUCUUCUCAUUGGCAUCUAUGCUCCAAAAGCCCUAUCAGAUAGUCCCCCUCUGCAGGAUGUAUGCCCCAUGGCACCUCAAGGUGAGAGGAAGCUGUUCAUUAAUGGUUUCCUCUGCAAGCACCCCAGUACCAUCCUGGCCUCUGACUUCAAGACCCUGCUGCUGAACCAUGCCGGUGACCUGAACAACAUGUUCCGGUCAUCGGUGAACAUGGUCACCGCCACCGAGUUCCCUGGGCUGAACACCCUGGGCCUGGCAAUGGCGCGCACCGACAUCGCCCCCAGCGGGGUGGUGCUCCCCCACUCUCACCCGAGGGCGUCGGAGAUGAUGUUCGUCCAUGGUGGCAGCGUGGUGGUCGGCUUCUUUGACACCAAGGGCAAGCUGUUCCAGAAGACCCUGGGGGAGGGGGAUGUGUUCAUCUUCCCCCGUGGUCUGGUGCACUACAUCAUGAACUAUGGUUUUGGCCCCGCUACGACAUUUUCGGUGCUCAACAGCCAGAACCCUGGCGUCGUCGGCAUCACCCAUGCGAUGUUCGCAACAGAGUCAGAUGUGGUCGAGGGCCUGAUGGCAAGAAUGUUGAAGUUUGGAGAGAUGGCACUAAGUGACAACAGUACUUAUACUGGUUUGCAAUGGGCAUUCUGAUUAUGUGUUAGCUCAACUUAGUGGUACACUUUGGAUGAAAAUUGACUGUAGAUGAUUUGAAGAUAAGUGCCUAGUAAUGGAUUCUUCUUUGUGAUGUAGCUGCUUAAUAAACUAUCAAGGCACCACACAGAUUAAGACCAGAGACUUCUUUGCCUUAUCUCUGCAGGAUUAUGAUGUUGUAACCUCUAAUGUUUCUCUUUUUUCUAUCAUUACACGAUCCUAUUUCACUU